AUGGCAACCCCGUUUCCUGCAGGGGUUCCCUCUGGGGGAACACCUUUAGACCCAGCAGCUCUUGCAGCUCAAGCUCAGUUAUUAUCACCAGCAAAUCUAGCAGCAGCAGCGAGGUGUAUGUACACUCGAAUAGAUUCUUUUACAGGGGAGUUCAAGUUUCUAUCUCUUGAUUAUCCCUCAUUAAUCUUCUUUCAAGGACGCUUCUUUCCCUCUGCUCGUCACGCCUUAUUAGCUGCCAAACAUCCUACUGCUGUUGAAGAGCUUGCAUGCAUCGAAGAUAUGAAAGAACUCAAACAAAUCGCUAAAACCAAACAGGAAGAUCCCGACUGGCCGCGGUAUCGAUUGAAAUGGAUGGAGUUAAUUCAGCGAGACAAAUUCAGGAGAAACGCAGAUUUGCGAGAGAAGUUAAAACAAACAGGAGGCAGAGAUAUUGUCUGGAUAAACACCGGGGAUGCGUACUUCGGACAGACCCGUUUAAAUAAAGGACAAAACCACCUUGGAAGAAUUCUAAUGGAAAUCAGACAAAAUAUUAUCGAUGAUACUGAACUAGAAUCUUGGCUGGUCAUCUGCCACGACAUCGAGACGGAAGAAAGGUCUCUUCCUGUUUUGCGUUUGUUAGAAAGAAGAGAAGGAGACAGCACAACAACAGAGAUAUUGCUGAGGGGGAAGUCUUUCUAUAGAAUAGGAAAGCUGGCGGACAACGACUUAGUCGCAUUAAACCCUUCGGUCUCGAGACGCCACGCAGCCCUCGUGGUAUUAAAAGGAGGGCAUGUGUUGUUAAUUGAUUUAAAAAGCAAAGCAAAGACAUUUAAGAACGGCAUGCCCCUCGAUCACGACCAUGUUGGGGUACAGAUGCAAACCAACGACAGCUUCAGUUUGGGGGCCUCCAGCCGCCAUUACCUCCUUGAGAUUGACACCACAUCUGUGGUGGAUUAUCUUCAAAGACGAGGAAGAGAGUUAAACAGAGAGUUGAGUUUAUUAGCAGAACAAGUUAAUGAAGCUCAGGGCAUCACGACGAAAAGCCUUACUAAGGUGUUUGUUGGAGGUUUAGCUUACAGCACCAGCCGCUACGACCUUUGCGAGUUGUUUGCGGAGGUCGGGAAUAUAAAGUCUAUAGUAAUUCCUCAAGUAGACAGAUCAAUCCCUCCCGAUUAUGAAGGGGCUUACUCUGUUAGAGGUAUUGCUUUUGUUCAAUUCGAAGACGCGGAGUCUGCGAAGAAGGCGCUGCAAUGCAACGGAAAAAUUGUCAACGGCCGAAGUGUAGUGGUGACGCCUGCAAAUUUGACGCGAGAGGAGAGAGCAGCACAAGAAGAUUUGAUGGCUGAGGGAGAGAUGAAUUUUGUUGCUGCAACAGAUAAGACAUUCGAUCACCCGACACACGGCUCGCUGCGUACUGGGCACGGAUUAGAAGAUUCAGGAGCAGCAGCAGCAGCAGCAACAUCUCGAAAUCUGCUGCAGCAAGCAGAUCCUUUAACAGGAGAGCCUCUAGAAAGAAGUGCUAGAGGCAACUGGCUUCAUGAUGAUGAGAGAGCACAAGAAAGCAAGUGUGUUGCGUAUUAG